UGUAGAUAGUAAAAUUGUUCAACUGUCAAACAGGCCGGAAGAUCAAAACAAAUUAAUCCUCCAAAACAUGAAGUUAUCUAACUAAUUUUGUCGAUUUUGUCAAAAUACUUAAAUUAUUGUUAGCAUACUGUUAAGAAAGCUAGUGGAUUAGCUGAAGCUUUUGAGCCGGAGCUCGGAGCAACUUCAACCCCACACCAUCAUGCGUACCACGGCAAGCCUGCUCAAACAGCGGAUCCCGCAACUGGAGGCUACCGUUCCGUUUCAGGAGAUCCUACCGCUGCGGCUGAAGAACCAGGUCAGUGGCAAAACGGGGAAAGAAAGCGACGUUGCAUGCCUCCAGGAAAUGGCCAUCCUGUUUUCCUGCCUGAAGACGCACGAAUUCGACGAACGGCUCUGCCCCAAGGAAAUGACCAGCUUCAAGCGGUGCUACAAAGUUUACAUCGAUAAGAAGGCCAGCAAAAAGGAAACCGCCAGCAAGGGUAUCCUGGUGCCCGGGAAGGACCUUAACUGUAAGCAAUUGAACAUGUUUCUUAAACAAUUCCCCGGGGGAUCGAAAGAAGUGAUUGUUUGAGAAAGAGAAAUUAGUUCACUUGAAUGUUGAGUAAAACGCAGUUUAAAAUUAAAAUU